GUAUCUACGCCACCCGAAGCAUUGUCAUUGUCAACAGUAGCUAUAUCUUCGUCAUCAAAAACAGUACCUACGUCAUCAGGAUCAAAAUCGAACCCAUCAGAGAUAGUGUCUAGAUCAACGAAAGCAGUAUCUACGCCACCCGAAGCAUUGUCUUUGUCAACAGUAGCUAUAUCUUCGUCAUCAAAAACAGUACCUACGUCAUCAGGAUCAAAAUCUAACCCAUCAGAGAUAGUGUCUAGAUCAACGAAAGCAGUAUCUACGCCACCCGAAGCAUUGUCUUUGUCGACAGUAGCUAUAUCUUCGUCAUCAAAAACAGUACCUACGUCAUCAGGAUCAAAAUCGAACCCAUCAGAGAUAGUGUCUAGAUCAACGAAAGCAGUAUCUACGCCACCCGAAGCAUUGUCUUUGUCAACAGUAGCUAUAUCUUCGUCAUCAAAAACAGUACCUACGUCAUCAGGAUCAAAAUCUAACCCAUCAGAGAUAGUGUCUAGAUCAACGAAAGCAGUAUCUACGCCACCCGAAGCAUUGCCAUUGUCAACAGUAGCUAUAUCUUCGUCAUCAAAAACAGUACCUACGUCAUUGGGAUCAAAAUCUACCCCGUCAGAGACAGUGUCUAGAUCAACUAAAGCAGUAUUUACGCCUGCCGAAGUAGUAUCUUUGUCAACAGUAGCAAUAUCUUCUAAAACAUCAACUACACCAUCCGAAAGUAUGUAUACAGCAUCAGAAUCGAUAUCCGCGACAUACGAACCCAUUUCCUCUUCACCGGAACGAAAAAUAACAUAUUCCAAAUUUACAACUUCUUCAUCCGAAAUAACGGCUUCGUCUGGUAAAACAAUGCCUACAACAUCAAGGAUAAUGCCUUCCUCACUUGGAGUAACCUCUAUGUCAUUUAAUACCAUUCCUAUAUCUUCUGAUGGUAACCCUGUAUCAUCCGAAAUAGUACAUACCUCACCCAUACCAACGAUCCCGAAAGUCUCAGAGGCUGUCCCAAUUACCAUGGUCAAUGUACAGUUGCUAGGUGACGUUUCCGAUGAAACGAUCAAUGUGCGAGAUCACCUGCUACAACUCCUAGGAUUGUCAAAUGCUUACUCAUUGGCAGUUACAGCACAACCAAGCAAAAUUAGCGGCGGAGAGACCAUUACAAAUUUGACGAUUGUCAUCAGCUCAAAAAAUCCAAGAUCUCAAGUGUCUGAACAGGAAUUAGACAAUGCCGUAAAUGAAAUAUUGUCCUCUCUAAAUCUUCGUGAGUACGAGAAGAAAGUGAGCCCACUUUUGCAAACCUCCGCUGAAAAGAGUUGGAUUGAUAACCACACUGUUAUGAUUGGAAUGAUUGUGGCAUUUGCCAGCGUCCUCGUUCUCAUUAUCAUCAUUGCAUUCGUGGUAAUAAAGAGGAGGAAAACAUUGAGAAAUAGCAAAGGCUCCUACAUAGACGAGGGCAUGUCUCUUGGCACGAAACUGGAGUCAGUCACUAAGGAAAAACCGAAAGAGUUUGAAAAUCCACUAUAUGACGACAUGGACUGCUAGAGUAAGAAAAUUUAUGGACCAGGACUACUACAUAACGAGAGUCAACCAGAAAAUGUACGAGGGGCAGGACUGUCAGAGAAAGAUGAAAAGAUGAUUAUCAACCAAAUAAUUUAUGAUGGCCUGGGUUGCUAGAGAACAGUUAUCAGCCUGGUCUGGUAGAGGAGGGUUAUCAAAAUGACCAUUUAUGUGAGGCCCUGCACUUCUUACACGGUUAUCCACAACCAAAUAUUGUACUGGCCUGUAUUUCUCUAGAGAAUGAAAGCCGAACAAGUCUAAAACAGGACGGUAUAUGUCUAACACGAGGGUUUGCCAGUGAAUAUUAAAAACAAGACUGCCGUUGGACAUUUAAAAAGAACAGGACCGUUAGUGCAUAUACUCUAAACAGAAUUAUUUUGGUGUGUUCACAUUUUAGCACAUCACAAAAUUAGCGCCAAGAAUGCGUGCCAUUGCAAACAAAGGAGAGAAACUAUAAUAAGCGUAAUCAUAAUUUAGCUGGACGCUUCCAGCGCGAACAUAACUAAAAUAACACUUUUCCUGAAAUAUUGUUCAUCUAAUGCCAGCAAGAUGCCGGAGGCUAGUGAACAGUUAUGGUUGGGAUAUAAAAUCAUAUGAAUUAUCAUGGAAAAUAUAUAUAACAUAGUGUUGAAUAUGCAAUAUUUCCAUGUGUCUGUGAUAUUAAUAAGGGCUGCAGCAUGUGCGUAUGUGCUAACUGGGUUAAAGUGAUGAUUCCUAUUAAAUGUGGGGUGCCUGUGAAGGGUGUGUUUGUGUACUUGUAUAAAUGCGUUCGUGUGUGCAUUACGGAAUGCAACCGCGAACAGAUUCAAUAAAACGUUAUUUAUAUUCUA